AGGGCGGGGAGCAGAGCUUCCUCCUCUGAGCGCGGUGCUGCCGCCCCGUUUGUCCUUCCGCCCCUGCCUCCACGACUGCGGGGCGAACGACGGGGAGAGCGGAAGGUGCGCUGAAGCCGAGGCCCGCGGCCCGGCCGGCGCGGGGUCGCCGGCGCGGGACAUGUCGCUUUGGGGGGAGCCGCAGCAGGCCCCGCAGCCCUCGGCCUCGCAGCUGCCUCCGACCGCGCCCGCGGGGCCGCCGCCACCCCCUCCGGCCAGCGCAACCCUCAACCGCCUACGGGAGCCACUGCUGCGGAGACUCAGCGAGAGCUUGGACCGGGCGCCCGAGGGCCGAGGCUGGAGGAGGCUGGCUGAGGUGGCGGGGAGUCGGGGGCGUCUCCGGCUCAGUUGCCUGGACUUGGAGCAGUGUUCUCUUAAGGUAUUGGAGCCUGAAGGAAGCCCAAGCCUGUGUUUACUGAAGCUAAUGGGUGAAAAGGGUUGUACAGUCACGGAACUGAGCGACUUCCUGCAGGCCAUGGAACACACUGAAGUUCUCCAGCUUCUCAGCCCCCCAGGAAUAAAGAUCAUUAUAAACCCAGAAUCAAAGGCAGUCUUGGCUGGACAGUUUGUGAAAUUGUGUUGCCGGGCAACCGGCCAUCCUUUUGUACAAUAUCAAUGGUUCAAAAUGAAUAAAGAGAUUCCAUAUGGAAAUUCUCCAGAGCUGGUUUUUAAUACAGUGCAUGUCAAAGAUUCUGGCUUUUAUGUCUGUCGAGUUAAUAAUAAUUGCACCUUUGAAUUCAGCCAGUGGUCACAGCUGGAUGUCUGUGAUGUCACAGAAAACUCUCGGAGAAGUUUGGACGGUGUCUCUGAAUCCAAGUUGCAAAUCUGUGUUGAACCAACGUCCCAAAGGCUGAGGCCAGGCAAAACAUUGGUUUUACAGUGUGUUGCUGUUGGAAGCCCUAUUCCUCACUACCAGUGGUUCAGAAACGAAUCACCAUUAACACAUGAGACCAAAAAGCUAUACGUGGUGCCGUGCGUGGAUCUGGAACAUCAGGGAACCUAUUGGUGUCGUGUAUGUAAUGAUCGAGACACACAAGAUAGCAGGAAGGUAGAAAUCAUCGUAGAUGAAUUAAAUAAUCUUGGACAUCCUGAUAAUAGAGACCAAACCACUGACCAACCUUUGGCAAAGGACAAGGUUGCUCUUUUGAUAGGAAAUAUGAACUACUGGGAGCACCCCAAACUUAAAGCUCCUUUGGUGGACGUAUAUGAAUUGACCAACUUGUUAAGACAGCUAGAUUUCAAAGUUGUUUCAUUGUUGGAUCUUACUGAAUCUGAGAUGCGCAAUGCUGUAGAUGAGUUCCUGCUCCUUUUAGACAAAGGAGUAUAUGGAUUGUUAUAUUACGCAGGACAUGGUUAUGAAAACUUUGGAAACAGCUUUAUGGUCCCUGUUGAUGCUCCAAAUCCGUAUAGAUCUGAAAAUUGCCUCUGUGUGCAAAAUAUACUGAAAUUGAUGCAAGAAAAAGAAACUGGACUCAAUGUGUUCUUGUUAGAUAUGUGUAGGAAAAGAAAUGACUAUGAUGAUACCAUUCCAAUCUUGGAUGCACUGAAAGUCACUGCCAAUAUUGUGUUUGGAUAUGCCACGUGUCAAGGAGCAGAAGCUUUUGAAAUCCAGCAUUCUGGAUUGGCAAAUGGGAUCUUCAUGAAAUUUUUAAAAGAUAGGUUAUUAGAAGACAAGAAAAUUACUGUGUUACUGGAUGAAGUUGCAGAAGAUAUGGGUAAAUGUUACCUCACCAAAGGCAAGCAGGCUCUAGAGAUUCGAAGUAGUUUAUCUGAAAAGAGAGCACUUACUGAUCCAAUACAGGGAACAGCGUGUUCCGCAGAAUCGCUGGUGAGGAAUCUACAGUGGGCCAAGGCACAUGAACUUCCAGAAAGCAUGUGUCUUAAGUUUCAAUGUGGUGUUCAGAUUCAAUUAGGAUUUGCAGCUGAGUUUUCCAAUGUCAUGAUAAUCUAUACAAGUAUAGUCCAUAAACCACCUGAAAUAAUAAUGUGUGAUGCCUACGUUACCGAUUUUCCACUUGACUUAGACAUUGAUCCAAAAUAUGCCAAUAAGGGGACUCCUGAAGAAACUGGCAGCUACUUAGUCUCAAAGGAUCUUCCCAAGCAUUGCCUCUAUACCAGACUCAGCUCACUGCAGAAAUUAAAGGAACAUCUAGUCUUCACAGUAUGUUUAUCAUAUCAGUAUUCAGGAUUGGAAGAGACUGUAGAGGAAAAGCAGGAGGUGAAUGUUGGGAAGCCUCUCAUUGCUAAAUUAGACAUUCAUCGAGGCUUAGGAAGGAAGACGUCCUUUCAAACUUGUCUUAUGUCAAAUGGCCCUUACCAGAACCCUGCGUCCACCUCAGGGGCAGCCGGACACUAUCAUUCUUCUCAAGAUUCAUUCCAUGAUGUUUACCACUCACAUGCUGGUAAUUCAAGUCAUGCUCUGCCAUCGGAUAGUUGUCAUUGCAGCCGGACUCCAGACCCAUUUAUUUCAAGUUAUACCCACCAUUAUUCAUCCCAUUUUGGUAGAAGUAACGUCCCUGUAGAGACAACUGAUGAAAUACCAUUCAGUUUCUCUGACAGGCUCAGAAUUUCUGAAAAGUGACCUCCUUGUUUUUGAAAGUUAGCAUAGUUAGACCAGAUGCCUCAUAUGCAACACAGCUUACAUAAAAUGGGGCAUUGUGAAAAAGGAACAAGUAUACAGAUAGAAAGAAAAUUAAUAACAACAGUUUCAUAACAAGCUCAGGACCAUCCACUUUGAGAUCUGGGAAUUGUAUUUUUAGCCACAGACUUCCUC